GGGCGGGGGGCGCGGCCGGCGCCGCACAAUGGGCCAUGGAGUUCCCCUUCGAUGUGGACGCGCUGCUCCCGGAGCGGAUCACCAUCCUGGACCAGCACCUGCGGCCCCCGGCCCGCCGCCCCGGAGCCCCGACCCCCGCCCGCGUGGAUCUGCAGCAGCAACUCAUGACGAUUGUAGACAGACUGGGGCAAGCGUCGGCCAAGGCGCAGCUCCUUUCGAGCCCUAUCACCAGCGGGACCCGCAUGCAGAGCAACCGCCACGUCAUGUAUGUGCUCAAGGACACCGCAGCUCGCCCAACUGGGAAAGGGGCUGUGAUUGGCUUCCUCAAAGUCGGGUAUAAGAAGCUCUUUGUUUUGGAUGACCGCGGAGCCCAUAACGAGGUGGAGCCCCUCUGCAUCCUGGACUCUACCAUCCACGAGUCCGCCCAGCGCCACGGCCACGGCUGGGACCUCUUCCAGUACAUGCUGCAGAAAGAGCGGGUCGAGCCCCACCAGCUGGCCAUCGACCGGCCCUCAGAGAAGCUUCUGAGAUUCUUGAACAAACACUACAACCUGGAAGCCACCGUCCCGCAGGUGAACAACUUUGUCAUCUUUGAAGGUUUCUUCGCCCAUCAGCAUCCCGGGCCCCCCGCUUCCUCUCUCAGAGGGAAUCGCUCCUCUCUGGCCUCUUCGCUCGAUAAGACACCGAAUGCCCCGGCCAGGAAGCUGCCCCCAAAGCGAGCCGAGGAGGAGAUCAAACCGUAUUCUUCCAGCGACCGAGACUUCCUGAAGGAGGCCGUGGAGCCCCCGUGGCCCCUGAACCGGGCCCCCCGCCGGGCCCCGCCCCCAGCCCGCCCACCCCCACGGUCCAGCAGCCUGGGCAGCUCUCCGGAGCGGGGGCCGCUGCGCCCCUUCCUGCCCGAGCAGGAGCUGCUGCGCUCCCUGCGCCUCUGCCCACCGCACCCCGCUGCCCGUCUCCUGCUGGCCACCGACCCGGGGGGCAGUCCCGCCCAGCGCCGCCGUACCAGGGACCCGGCAGCAGCAGCAGAGGCGCGAGCAGGAGGGGGCAAGCAGGUGCUGCAGCCGGAAGGAGCCCACUGCGGGGGGCCUCCCCCCGAGCCCGAGCCCGGGCCCCGCCCCCCGGGCCAGCUCGUCCACGGUGCUGCGGGCCGAAGGGGCGCUCGAGGGGCGGCUCGUGCGGUCCCUGCAGGAGAUGCGGAACACGCGGCCCUGGUGACCCCGUCCCGCCCCCCCACCCCACCCCCCUGCCCUGAGGGUUGGGGAGCCUGCUGGCCGGGAAUCCCCCGGCUCCGGGCCCGUUCGGAUCUGCUUUAAAAAAAGACCAACCGAAAACAGAGAAAUAAAUAUAUUUGUGCAUCA